AUGCCUCCCCUUCCCUGGCUGCAUCCUCCCCGCUCUCGGACCUGCCGGAGGUGCUGUGCGCGGGGCAUCGGGAGCGCUGCCCUCCGUCCCGCACAGCCCCGCGGCCGCAGCGAGCCCACCGCAUCCCCCGAGCUCCCCGCCGCAUCCCCCGAGCUCCUCACCGCAUCCCCCGAGCUCCCCGCCGCAUCCCCGCAGCUCCCCGCCGCAUCCCCGCAGCUCCCCGCCGCAUCCCCGGAGCUCCCUGCAGCAUCCCCGGAGCUCCCCACCGCAUCCCCCGAGCUCCCCGCCGCAUCCCCGCAGCUCCCCUCCGCACCCCUCGAGCUCCCCUCCGCAUCCCCGGAGCUCCCUGCAGCAUCCCCGGAGCUCCCCACCGCAUCCCCCGAGCUCCCCACCGCAUCCCCCGAGCUCCCAUCUGCAUCCCCCGAGCUCCCCGCAGCAUCCCCGCAGCUCCCUGCAGCAUCCCCCGAGCUCCCCGCAGCACCGAGGAUGGACACACUCUUCUUCUGGGGCAUCCUGCUGCUCUUCUCUGCCUCCUGCGCUGCGCCCUCGUGCCCAGCGCAGUGCCACUGCGAGGAGGAUGGCAUCAUGCUCUCGGUGGACUGCUCCGAGCUGGGACUUUCCGAGGUCCCUGCCGACCUCAGCCCCCUCACAGCUUACCUAGACCUGAGCAUGAACAACAUCAGCCAGCUGCAGCCCAACACCCUCCGUCACCUGCGCUUCUUGGAGGAGCUACGCCUCUCUGGAAACCAGAUCUCCAGAAUCCCAGGGGAAGCUUUCUCUGGCCUGUACAGCCUGAAGAUUCUGAUGUUGCAGAACAAUCAGCUGAGUCGCAUCCCUGCAGAGGCACUGAGAGAUCUUCCAAACCUCCAGUCUCUACGCCUGGAUGCAAACCUGAUCUCUGUGGUACCCGAGAAGAGCUUUGAGGGGCUGCUCUCCCUGCGUCACCUGUGGCUGGACGAUAAUGCCCUGACGGAGAUCCCUGUCCGAGCUCUGAACCACCUCCCAGCACUCCAAGCCAUGACCCUGGCUCUCAACCAGAUCUGGCACAUCCCUGAUUACGCCUUCCAGAACCUCAGCAGCCUCGUGGUGCUGCACCUGCACAACAACCGUAUCCAAAGCCUGGGUGCCAACGGCUUUGAUGGGCUGCACAGCUUGGAAACCCUGGACCUAAACUACAACGAGCUGCUGGAGUUCCCUGGGGCUAUCAGGACGUUGGGCCGACUGCAGGAGCUUGGUUUUCAUAACAACAACAUCAAAGCUAUUCCAGAGAACGCAUUUGUUGGGAAUCCCCUCCUCCAAACCAUCCAUUUUUAUGACAAUCCCAUCCAGUUUGUUGGACAGUCUGCUUUCCAGUACUUGCCAAAGCUCCACACUCUGUCACUCAAUGGUGCAACAGACAUCAGAGAGUUCCCAAACCUUAAAGGCACCACCAGCCUAGAAGUUUUGACCUUAACCCGGGCAGGCAUCUGUUUACUCCCCAGGGGGAUGUGCCAGCAGCUGCCCAGCCUCCGAGUCCUAGAACUGUCACACAACCAAAUUGAAGAUUUGCCCAGUUUCCACCGGUGUCAGCGGCUGGAGGAGCUUGGUCUCCAGCACAACAGGAUCCAUGAAAUCAGAGCAGACACCUUUGUGCAGCUGCUGGCCCUGCGCUCCAUAGACCUGAGCUGGAAUUACAUCCAGUUUAUUCACCCUGAAGCCUUUGUGACCCUGCACUCACUCACCAAGCUGGACCUGACUGAUAACCGGCUGGUCACGCUGCCUCUGGAUGGUUUGAGUGGACUGACUCAUCUGAAGCUCCAAGGCAACCCAGCUCUCUCUGAGCCCUUCACCAAAGAGAGCUUCCCCAAAAUGAGGGUCCUUGAGGUACCAUAUGCCUACCAGUGCUGUGCCUAUGGAAGCUGCAGCAGCUUCUUCAAGAUGUCCAACCAAUGGGAGGCAGAAGACAUGAGCCCUGAGGAGGAGGAUCCCCACAAGAGGACCAUGGAAUUGUUUCCAGGUCAUGCUGAUAAUCACUAUGACUUAGAUGCAGAUGACCUCCAGCUGGACCUCGAGGAAUCAAAGCUGCACCCGACUAUUCAGUGCACGCCAAGCCCCGGUCCCUUCAAGCCUUGCGAUCAUUUGUUUGAGAGCUGGAUCAUCCGCCUGGGAGUCUGGGUCAUCGUCCUGGUCUCGGUGCUCUGCAAUGGGCUGGUCAUUCUGGCCGUCUUUGCCUCUCCCAGCUACCUCUCUCCCAUCAAGUUCAUCGUCGGCUCCAUAGCUGGAGCCAACAUGCUGACAGGCGUUUACUGCAGCAUGUUGGCGCUCGUGGACGCGCUGACCUACGGCCAGUUCGCCAGGCACGGCGCCCGCUGGGAGACGGGCACAGGCUGCAGGGUCACCGGCUUCCUCUCGGUGUUUGCCUCCGAGGCUGCCGUCUUCCUGCUGGCGUUGGCUGCCGUGCAGUGCAGCGUUUCCGUCUCCUGUGUGCGAGGCUACGGGAAGUCACCCUCCUUAGGCAAGGUUAAGGCUGCUGCCUUUUGCUGCCUGUUGCUGUCCUCCGUGGCUGCCGUCCUGCCUCUCUUCUCCGUUGGGGAAUACGGAGCAUCCCCUCUCUGCCUCCCAUAUCCCAUCCCAGAGGGGAAACCCGCCACCCUGGGCUUCACUGUGGCCUUGGUGAUGACAAACAUGCUCUGCUUCCUGACUAUUACAGGCACCUACAUCCGACUCUACUGCAACCUGAUGAAGGGGGAGUUCAGUGCUGUCUGGGACUGCGCCAUGGUCAAGCAUGUGGCCUGGCUGAUUUUCACCAACUGCCUCCUCUACUGCCCAGUGGCCUUCCUCACCUUCUCCUCCACGCUCAACCUCUUUCUCAUCACCCCAGAGGUCAUCAAAUCCAUCCUCCUUGUGGUCUUGCCCCUGCCUGCCUGCCUGAACCCCUUGCUCUACUUGCUCUUCAACCCCCACUUCAGAGACGACCUCCGCCUGCUGAGGCAGAAAGGCCAGGACAAGGGGAGCUACCCCCAGCCCUGUGGGGCUGACAACAUGGAGAAAAGCUCCUAUGACUCCACUCAGGCUCUGGUGAGCUUCUCUGACAUCGACCACAUAUUUGAGACACCUGAUUCCCUGGGAGUGCACCCCAUCCUUGAGAGCUACAGCUUCCCCUCCAUGACACUUCUUCCCUGCCAGCAAAGGGUGGGCACGAGGGGGAAGGAGAGGGGCUUCCCUGAGCAUUGUCCCUGCCUCAGUGACAAUGAAGUGCUGAUCACUUCAGAGAGCCGAGAUCUGGCCAGCAGCAGCCUCCAGAUAACCUUCCUGCCCUCCCCAUCCACACCAGCCUACACAUCUCAUAAACCUCUGAGUAGCCACGUCGAACAGCCCCACAGCAUGCACUGA